AUGGAAUUGAUUCGCCUGGAGCAGCAGAAUAAAAGGCGGUUAUUUUUUGCCGGAGAUACGAGGUGCCCCCUUUCUUGGGCCGCGAAAAGCCACAAUGCUCCACUUGUAAAUGCUCUGCUACGCAGUCCGCAAGUCAACGUCAAUUUUCAGGACCCCUCCGACCGAACUCCGCUUCUGUACGCAAUUGCUGUGAAUGACAGGCCAAUUGUGGAAAGGUUACUGAAUCAUCGAGAUAUUGACCUCAACUUGCGGGAUGCAGAAGGCAGAACUGCUAUCUUCUACGCCGCACAAGGCGGGGAUCUGUCCAUUGUACAGUUGCUUAUUGGAACACAGAACGUGGACUUUUCUAUCCGAAACAAAAACGGGAAAAAUGUGAAGGAGUUUGCCAAAAAGGCCAAGUUGAAGCAGGAUAUUGUGGCUGCACUUUCUAACUGA